AUGGCUCCUCCGGUCCAGCUCCCGUCUCCUGAGUGUCUGCCGGCCGAUGGGGUGUGUCUGCUGGAGAUAGUGGUGGCGACUGGCGAGAGGAAGCUGCGUCAAAUCAGUCGUAGUCAGCACUAUGAAACCACCGUGUGCAGCUCAGGGACACACUUAAGGUUCGUAGCUCAGAAUACAAUGCGUCUGCAGAAACUCGGAGUGACGCACGUCCUCAACGUGGCGGAGGGCACCUCCUUCAUGCACGUCAACACCAGUGUGGAGUUCUACGCCGGCACGGGGAUCACGUACCACGGUAUCCAGGCCAAUGACACCGAGCAGUUCAACCUCAGUGCCUUCUUUGAGGAGGGGGCUGACUUUAUCGACAAGGCCCUAGCACACAAUAAUGGCAAAGGGAAGGUGUAUGUUCACUGCAGAGAAGGCUACAGCCGCUCCCCUACCAUGGUUGUUGCUUACCUCAUGCUGCGCCACAAAAUGGAUGCCCGGCUGGCGGUGGCCACCGUGAGGCAUAAGAGAGAAAUCGGUCCCAACGACGGCUUCCUUCGCCAACUGUGCCAACUUAACGAGAAGCUGGCAAAGGAGGGCAAGCUGAACGGGGAGGUGGGCAAACUAAAGACCAAAUGAAAGCAGGAGAGACGCUCUGCCCUCCGUCUCCUCCCAUCAUGCCUUUCACGGGCUUCAGCUGCUCUCGGAGACCGACCCCACCCUGACCAAACCAGCACCCAUCUGACACACCAGGGGUAUUCUCAAACACAAACAUACAUGCAUUUAUCUGUGUAGAUAAUUAUUCCUCAUGCACACACACAGUCUCACACACAUACAUGUUUUGUUUUCUAGUCCUCAGACGUCUGUCACUGCUGCUCUGGAAGGGGACGUCUUGUCAGUCCUCUUACCUGCUCCUACAAAGAGUGAUCUCAAAUACUAAAACAAACCCCUCAACCCCCUUUUUUUAAAAUCUACACUACCCAGAUGUGCAGACGUAUCGCUGCUAGUACCUUAAAGCUCCAAAUUUCUAGCGUUUUUUGGGGCUGAGCUACGUAAAGCAUUCCUUCAGUUCCCACAAGUUGAGACGGUGAAAACUUUCCCCUGAUUUUUAAGAUUUUCCUUAAAUAGUUGUACAAGAUUAUAGCACAAUCAUUCCAUAGUUUUCCACUGCCGGGAAUGUCAGUGAUGUCUCCGCCAGCAGGAGUACUCUAUAAAUUCCAAAUAUUUAAAGUCGGUGGCCACACACGAUGCAACCUGCAGAGAAAAUAUGUCCGUUAUGUUACACAGAAAGUGAUAUGUGAAUCCCAAACAUUCCAUGAAAACUGAAAAAAGCCCCUUAAGAGUUUUGUUUGCCCACUCAAUCCUUUUAAAAUCCUGAAUUCUCUUCUACCUGUAUUUAAUGCACAAACUUAAAUUAUCCACACUCUAAUGCAAGCUGUAGCUCUAUGUAGCAUGUCAGUCGGCAUCCUUGACUCUCUGGCCUCUAGUUUGACGGUGGUAGCAUUAGAUUUGCUGGCACCGACGGCAGCAAAGGUCGAGCUAAUUAAAAAUAAUGAGCUGCGUGGGUUGUUCAUGUAGCGGCCAUAUUUAACUGCUGAUAUCAUGAAUGUACAUUAGAGCUAAAUAUGCCGUUAUUCUAGUUUGUCAUUGAGCUCAAUCAGGCUACACAGAAAGACAAAUCCCGUUUAUGUAAGUAGGUGUGGUAGAGGGGAACACUGAAUGGAAUUUCCUCUCAAAAAGAAAAAGGUCACUUCUGCACCCUUAAAUUUACACAACUUCAGUUCUGACGUGGCUUAUUUACAAGUUCAAUUUCCUCCUGCAUUAGAAAUAUUGAGUGUCAUUCAUUUGAAGUUAUUACAAUUUUAUAUAAAGGCAGCUGGAGAUGAGUUACUCACCAUCAGUGAGCUGUAGCCGCCUCCCAUUAUCUGGGUAGAUGGAGGUUUACACUCGAUAAAUACAGUCUGAGCACAAUCUGCUGGUUCAGUUUGUGUGUUAAAGUAUUAUUCUCGCAGGAAACACUUUUAC